AUGCGUACAAGAGAAAUGUUACUGUGUGCAGCGGGAAGUAUAUUCAAUGACCUUUGCAAGUCGAUGUUUUCAUUUUCUCUUCUGUUUUUCAUGGAGGUAGUGGAACUUUCAGCUGCAGACACUGGACUUAUUAUACUCACUGGACAAAUUGUAGACGGGUUGACUUCAGUAAUCUCUGGUUACCUCGGCGAUAUGGUUAAAGUACCCGUUCUUUCACGGAAAAUUGGAAUGCGAAAAUCUUGGCAUCUUGUGGCAACGGUAUUUAUGGGAAUCGUAGUUCCUCUCUGCGUCAACCGUUGCAUUCUCUGUAGUGGAAGUCAUCAAACUUGGCUUCCCACCGUCUCUUACUGUUUCUUGUACUCACUGUAUAACAUGUGUUUCAGCGUGGUGGAGAUAAAUCACCUGGCUUUCAUCACAACUUCAGCUGUGUCGGUUGAAGAACUAACAGAUCUUAGCGCCAUCAGGUUUGCUAUUUUGAAAAGUAUGAUAUUAAAUUAAAGUAAACCGUUCACCUAUCUUUUUUGGCUCUUACCAAAGAUCUACUGGAGGACAGACGCAUAGUUUAGGUCGCCAUCCGCACAAUUUUGCGUUUUUAUUACCUAAAACAAACAGAUUACACGUUGACAUGGAUUUAUAGUUCAAGAUCACAUAAUAUGUCAAAAUGUGGUAAGAACAUCAAUUAUACACCCGGCUGCGCCGCGAGUGCCGCAGGCACAUUUUGACGGCACCUUUGAUCUAUAAUAUAACGGAAGCGCGAUAUUAUGUGAUAAUUUUGCUAAUCAGAUGAUGACGCAAAGUUUUUAUUUCGUAAUCAGUCUCUCCUGAAGUUACUUUUCAUUGCAACGCUAACGUAAGCGUAAAUCGGUUGACUUAAGUACCAUUGCCUCUUGCUUCGUAAAAGUCAUAAGAAAUAACAAUAAUUUGAUGAAAAACCUUCUAGCUAUGCGUAAGUCUGCUCAGACCUCCAUUUUAAUUGCUCACACACAUGUGAAAUUAAGUUUCGUACAGAUUCAUCAGUUUUUAUCAUACAUUCAGCCGUUGAUUGACGUUACUGGCCAUACUGGACUGCAACUUGUAUUCCUAUGUGAGGCUUCCGGUUUCGUGUCAAUUGCUUCAAUUCUAAGACCCUAUGAAGUUUCAAUUGGUCAAUUACGCAGGGAUUUACUUUUGAGGUUGCAUUUAAUUAAGCACAGCAUCAAGUUAACUUGUACGUGAUUCAAGAUAAUUAUGUUGAAUCUUUAUCCAACUAAUUUGCGAAGUUUUCAUAUAGACUGGUUGCGCGUACUUUCUGGUUAAAAUGCAGACAAGAGAACAGCUAUUGUGCGCGGUAGGAAAUUUAUUCAAAGACGUCUGCCGGCAGCUUAAUUUUUUAGUUAAAUUUUUUCUUUCAAAGAAUCCCGGCGAGCGAAAAUCUUGGCACCUUUUGAUAAUAGUUUUAAUGAGAAUUAUCAUUCCUUUUUUCUUUCACCUUUUUUUUUUUGUAAUAGAAAUCAUAGUGAGUGGCUUCCAAUUGUCUAGUACAUCUUCUUGAUCUCGGUGUACAACAUUUGUUUGAGCACUGUUGAGAUAAAUUAUCUUUAUUACAACUGUAACUGAAUCCGUCGAGAAUGUACAUUAGUGCCAUGAGGUUUGUUUCAAGAGACUUUUUUUAAAAAAUAUAGUUCAUACGGCAAUCGUAUUUAUUUCAAAUAUACUUGUAUAAAUCACUUCUAUUGCUUUUAUAUAACUCAGCUGAAGCACGGACACUCUGAGGCCGUUUUUUCCUAACUUAUCCUGUAGAAAUGAUAAACGUGACAUCUAAGAACAAUUUUCCUUAUUCUUCUCUUUUUCUUGUUCAAAAGGACAAUGUUCAGCUUCCUUAGUGGUAUUUACAUAUACGUGAUCGCCUGGGGCCUUUUCGGACAAGACGAUAGCGAUACUCUGGGACCUCAGAGCCUUGUAGAUUUUGUGGUAAGCAACAGCUUCGUUGAUAGUUCUAUUCUAUGAUAUGCUUUGACAAACAGGCGGAGGCUCAAUACAAUGAAAUUAAAAAAAGAAAAAUAACGCGAUUAAAAAACGGGUUGGAGAAAUUUGGUUUUCUCUCCCUGCACUGCCUGUCAGCCUUUUAGCCUCCUUCCACACAUCUCUGCAGGCAUUAAAAAUCUUUUUUUUGUCCUUAAUCUUGCAACUUUCAAGAGCUGACUGUCAAUUCUCUCCUGGAGCUGCUUUGCAUUUCCUUGUGAAUUAAUUUUCAGAAUUUAGUGUUAGAUCAAGAUAAAAACUUCUUUCUGAUAAGUAUGAGUUUUCUCAUCAGCUGGAGAAUGUAUGUUUACUACAAGGAGAGGUUACAAGUUAAUCAUUUCUGGGAGUUAAAGGGUUAAAAUCCUAGUUGAUUAAUUCUUUUCUAAACAGUACCUCUCGUGGAUUGCGACUGGAACGGGACUCUUCUUUGCUGCCAUCUUCCACAUUGGUACAAAUGAACCUCAAAAAUGUCAGAGUAAAGAAAGCGCCACAACGGAUCUUACGGUAAGACAGGAAGCAAAAAAGAUAUUUCCUUUUCAAAUAAAGGUCAUGUAAAAGCUUAUUUUUGUGUUAGGAGAACAGACAACAUCAUGGAACUAAUAGAGGCGCGCUUGCGCGAUUGUUUCUUCGUUCUUCAUUUGAUUUAUCUACAAGAGGUCUAUUAAUCUGAACGGGUCUUGAAGUUACAUAGCGUGACCAGAGGGAUAGAGGUAUGGUCUACACAUUAUUUAAAGCAAUCCGUAAUUCACUCUGGCCACUUUCCCGUUAUUUUGCAGAAAGCUCCUGGAAAAUUCAUUGAAGAGUUUGGACCCGAAAAUGCAAGUAAGUCUAUGGAUAUGUGCUUUGGUGUAUUAUUUUAAAAGCCGUCGUUGUUUCGAUUAAAAUUGCAGAUGUAACGUCCUCUCCGACAUCAAACUGAAGUACAAAAAAAGAAAAACACUACUCGUCUUUAUCUCAAGGGGAUAGGUCUUAUUUUUGCAUGGAGCUCCUUAAUAUCUAAGGUAUUGUUGUCUCGAUAUUUAUGAGAAUCUAUUAGCCAUGACUGUGUGCAGACAUGCCACAAGUUUGAUACAGGUGGUCCUAUCUAGAGACAGCACCAAUUUUGCUUGAAAUGUUUAGACAACCUCCUCUUUAAGGCAAAAUAUCUAGUUCAGAAGUGCAUGUCAAUUGGAGAUUAAGAUUAGUGAUUAGAAGAUUAGACGUUCGUUAAUUGCUUGUUUUGUUUUUUUCUCAAGAUUCUAGACGGACCAGCCUUGCUUUUAAGUUUACUGACAUGGUUUUGGCUUCAACUGAAUAUGAAGAAUAUCAAAGUGAGAUGAACGGAUGUGGAGAAACCAAAAGCCAAGAGGUGCGUGUCAGAAAACGAAGUCUUCUGCAGAAGUUUGCUGUUGCUAUGUUUGCCGACGGGAAAACUGAUCUAGAAGUACAGCAUCUUGAUAGUGAACGCAAGAAGAGUCUACGAACGCUUGAUUUUGACGACAUCCUAUUGAGACUACAACACGAAGAGCACAAACAUCCAACAUGUGUUAGUGCCAUGGAAAACCAAGUUACAAUGGACGGUAUAGACGAUGAUCAUGCAACUGAUGAAGAGUUGUGGAACGCCAGGCAAGAAGAGAUCAAAAACACUACUGAUAAAGAUAUGUGGAAAAUGACCAACAGCGCGGCCCCCAAGACAUCUUUUUGUACCGUAUUUAGGCAAAGAAAAUAUGGAAUGGUGCUUUUCCCAGAUGAUUGUAAAUUUGGUCUCUCUAACUCUGGAUUUGAAGAUGAUGGAGGUGAUGAUGAUAAGAAGGAAAGCCUUUGCGGUACAUCAGUCAGGAAGCAAAGAAAGUCUGUGACUUUCGAUCCUUCUGGAUUUCUGGAAAUGCCUUCAAUGAACGGAACAGAACGACAUGGAUUAAAUCUCGAUCACACGUCUGACAACAAAACGAUUCUGGAUGAAAGUACGCAAGAUUUUCCAAAACAGCACUUCAGAAAAAUCGAAAGAAUAGAAGGUUGCGAUGGCACAAAUAAUUCGUUAACUUCAGCGGAUAACCCUGAUCUUCAUGGUAUCCCUGUUCAAUCGACAAGUUCUACAUCUGAGGGAAGACGUCCAAAAGGAAUCAAACACUGGCUAAAAGAUCCAAACGUGUACAUGGUAAACCCUCGUGUUUCCAAGUAUCCUUGUUUGUUGAUUACGUUGACUCUCUGUGAUGUUUUUCUCGUGUUUUAAUUUUCAGGUAGCCAUUAUCUUUACAUGUACACGCCUUACGCAGGACUCUGUAAACAGAUAUUUACCGCUAUUCCUCACAGAGAGAUUAUCAUUCCCUAAGGUAUAGUUCAAUUUGAAGUGCUCAGUUGUUUUUAAACUUAUUGAUAAUUAUAUUAAUCUCAUCGUAUUUUUGCCCUGAAUCAGGCAGCUACCGCUUAUUUUCCACUCGUCCUCCUAACCAGUGGCUCUCUAGCAAGUUCAAUGUGUAAGAAACUGAAAAGGAAAAUUGGAAGUAAGGUAAGACCUAAAUUAACAGGUUCUUCUAGCUGGUCACUUCACUUUUGUGAUAGGGGAGAUUCAUUGAUUGCACCAAACGUCGGCUUAUCUACUUGUUGAUGAUAAUGAUUGACUGAGAGGGGCAGGCAAUAAAUCAACGAUCAUCUCAAUGGCUUUAUUUAACUUAAUGGACAAAUGUUCGAUUCCUGAAAUGAUUCUCAGAUAUUUUCUUUGCGUCUUGCUUAUUACAGAACCCAGAACAAAUUUAUUUGUUUAAUUAGUCUUAGUAACUUUCACGCUUUCGUUGAUAUGCAUAUCAUAGCGGAGCUACCUUCUGGCAAGCUUAUUAGUGAUGGGUGGCGCUGUUUGGAGCUAUUUUCAAACCUUCUCCACCAGACAAUCAACUUAUGCACCAGUGGUUAUGAUGGGAAGUGGUCUGUCCAUUAUGUACGUCAUGGCACUGGUCUUCAUCACCGAGGUGAUCGGGGAAAAUAAGGUUAGUGUUUUGAAACAAGUUUGAAUGGUUUCGAGGAAAGGAUAAGUCGCAAAAUCUGAUCAGUUCAGUUACAGUACAUUUCUAACAUUUUUGAAAUUGAAAUGGCAUGAAAGUUCUUUUGAAUGUCGCAAAAAAAAAUUUCAAACUAAUCACAACUCUGUCAGAACGAAAUAAAAUCUCACAAGCAGCUACUGAGAAUUUAAAGUGAAAUACAGUUAGACUGCCUGAGGUUUGGGAAAUUUUAAGUUACAUCUAAUCGGUUGAGAGAUUGUUGCAAGUUUUUAAGGCCAAUUACAGAGGGUAAUGAAAAAGAACCGUUUCAUUCGCAGACUAGUUUCGAAACUUGAUUAAAACCAUGAUCAGUGUGCAUAUUUUUUAUAGUGCUCUCUAUAAAUUUACCAUGAUACUAAUAAGGAGAACUUUUCUAACGAUCAAGACCUUUAUUUUGAUUGGCCAUCAUUUGCCUUUUUCUCUCUUGACGUACAUGUUUGAUUCAGUAGUGACAGUGUGAGGAGAAACUAAAGACCUGUUGGUCUUAGGGGUAAGGAGUUAAAAAUUAUGUUAAUAAUAGUACUAAUGUUGGUUUCCCAUAUGAGAUCAAUGAUUUAAUACGGUGAUUUCCUGUCAGGAAACCAGUGGAUCGGUGUUUUCCAUUAUCAUUGUACUCGCCAGAAUCUCAAGCGGUGUACUUAUCAUUGGUAUACAGGAAUUUUAUCCAGAAGAAAGGUUGGCCUAUCAAAUCUUUAUUGUAAUUUACCCUAGAAGGAACAAGAAACAUGGUAUUUAAAGCGUUUAGAUGACCAGCCGAUUUGUUAAAACUCGAAACGUAUAUUCAGCAGGUUUGUCUUUACCAGCUUGACGAGGCCAUCCUUGACUAUUUGAAAUAGUAAUGACUGUUUUAAAAUUAUGCACGAUUUAGUAAACUCCUCAAUUCCUCUAUUCAAUUUAGAACCAGCUCAAAUGAGGCGGUUAGCAACUACUUACGGCAUGUGUUUGUAAUGGCGCCUGGAGUAUUAACUCUGGUGGGAUUCUUGCUGGUCUUGUUUUUCCAACAAUCCAACUUUAUCUGCAAAAGUAAAGGUAAGUACAUUGUCAAGCUGUUAGACGUCUAUAACUUGGGUAACGUAUGGAGAAUAACUGCAAAUACUCUGAAUUACCCUCGGACGCAAUGGUGUUAAGCGUUCUUUUGUGUAAACUAGUAAUCUUACCAAAAAAUACAAGCCUGUGUAAAUGCAUUUACCUCGUGGUGGGUGUGCGUCUAUGUAGUAGUGCCAGGCUCAGUUAAUAAGACGGUGUUAAACUUAGAGCUUCAGGUUUGUUAGUCAGUAUUACACGUGGUUGUCUUUUUUGUCAACGAAAACUUCUUCUGUCAAUUUUUUCUUCUAGUUUCAGAAGAUGUUGAGGCCCUACAAGGCCAAUCGUCGUUUGAUGUUCAAGUUAAGCAAUGUCCAUCGGGAGUCAUAGCAACGUCAAACCACAACUUGGAUGAUAGUCACAAUACCUCCAUCGUUGUGGUGGAUUCUUGUUCUGAGGACUCAAAACUUUGAAUUCUUUGAAAAUUGCAUUAUGUGUAGAGGUUCUGUCGACCUACUAAAAGGUCAUUGCACAGACACGCCCACGGUUUCGGCCUAUACGACUCAUGAUUGUUUCAUUUUAAGAGAUUGUAAAGUUCAUUUCCAUCUGUUCUUGUUUAGAUUUUAGGAAAAACUCUUUCUCAUGAAAAGUUUUGCGAUCGUAGAAUACCGUAAAAUAAAAGGAGAUAAGUCGUAAUAACUUCUCGCACCGAGAUGAACAAGAGUCCGCUUAUCCUAAAUUUUAGAUAAAUAGUGAUCUGGUAUGUUUAGUAAUAAUAAUAGUGUAUUAUCUUAAUUGAAAAUGAGUCUAUCGAUGUUCAAUAUUUUUUAGAUUUUCUUCUUUUCUAUUGAUAGCUCAAAUUUUGCUUGGAAAACUGUUCACAUCUCGGAACAAAUAAUGUGAACCGUGUAGAUCAAUCGCGGACAAGCAAAAGUUUUCAUAGACUAUAGCUUCGUGUAUUACGACAUUCUUGGUUUUGAAGAACUAGUGUGGUCAUAUUCGCAGUCUUAAUUAUGUCUGAAACUAAUUUUCAACCAUGAGAAAAUGAGGCGAGGGACAGGAGGGUAGGGAAGGUAGGGAGGGAAGGGAGGGCAGGGAGGGCAGGGAGGGCAGGGAGGGCAGGGAGGGCAGGGAGGGUAGGGAGGGCCGGGAGGGCCGGGAGGGUAGGGGGAGGAGGGAGGACAGGGAGGGUGAAUGGAAGAGAGAGGAAGGCUCCUUGUUCAGGCUCCUAAAUAAGGUUGUUUAGAGUCAAUAUCUAGACCAGCGUAUUCUUUACCUGAAAAGUGUAACAAGAAUAAGAUGGAAAAAUAAACUGUCCUUAACUAAGAUUUAAGUGAAAAGUAAAAGUUAACCGUAGAAAUACUAAGUCCAUUGCAGACUGAAAAGUAAGAAAAAAUGUUACAGUUAACAACCUCUGAUCGUACCCAGCUUGUUCCUCUCUCCUUAUUAGUGGUUAAAGUGUUUGAAAUUCAAUUUCUUGCGUUAGGGUAAAAAGUUUAUUUGGUCAGUUUUUUAAUUGAAACAUCAGACUUCGAACGAAGACAGGUUGUUACUAUUGGUGUUGGUUAUUAUUCAGCUGGUGUUCACCAAAAGGGUCACGCUAAAUUGGCUAAUUUACACGUGAAAUUGCUUGGCAACGUGCGUUCAGUGAACAAAAAGUAACUAUCCAACAAUGCUGACAUCGACCAUUGAAACAUUUGAUACCUAAAUUGUUUGCUUAUCGUGAAAUAACACUCAAGCCCAUUUAACUUACUCUACCUCCGCAUGUUUUGAUGAUAAACAGGAAAAUUAUAUUCAAGGAUCUUUAAAAGGACGACUGCCUAUGAAGAAGGCUGAAAGGUAGCUGAAGAGACCCUCCUGACAAUUAAGUGUAGUGCGUUCCUUAUAACACUAAAAACAAACACAAUCAUUGCGAUACUUCAUUUGGUAAGUCCUUAGUUUUCAACAGGAUAACACAUUCUUAGAUACGUGUUUCCAUUCGCUCUAAAGAAGGGCUAACACUUGAAAGGUCAGCUUUGAAACUCUCUAACGUGGCCAAUUUACAUUAGCAACUCAGUUAUAAAUAAAAGCAAGUAAUAUAUGUGAAAAUAUGUGUUUGUUUGUUCCAGGUGAACGAACCUGAGAGAGCUUCAAGGUAGCUGAUUUGAACAUGCGUAGUAAGAGUACGGCAGAGUACGAUUCGCUUUGACGAAGGGUUAACACUCGAAACGUCAGCUUUGAAACUCUCUAAUGUGGCCAGUUUACAUUAUCAACUCAGUUAUAGAUAAAAGCAAAUUAUCGUAACAUACGUGCUUCUUUGUUUGUUCCAGGUGAUCGAACCCGACAGAGCUUCAAGCUAGCUAGUUUGAACAUGCGUAGUAAGAGUGCGGCCAAGUGCGAAUGAGAGAGUCUGGGCCUUUUAUCUCCGAUGGUUUUCCACUUUUUUCCUCUGUUGAAACGUUUCGAUUCUAUGGCUGAGUGGUAUCAAAAUUAGGCGCAAGAAAAAUGGGUUGCUUUCUCUUUUAAUGUACGUAGACAUUAAAAACACCGCAAAAAUUCAAGAACUUUCCAACUUGUUGACCUUCCCAGCUAAGAAGUGUCUGGUUGUUCCAAUUCACCAUACCUGACUGGGUUUCAGAGAGCCUAAUUGCCUAGUUGCCCAAUUCCUCAAGCCUAAUUGACUUGAUUGAAUUAAUCUGUCUGACUGAAUAUGUUCAUGAAUGCGUUUACACAGGACAGGAUACGUGACCCAAGGAAAGAAAAUCGGCUAAAACUUACAGUAAACUUAUAGCUCAAUUACUGGACACAAACAUACUUUCCGACAUUUCUUAUUUGUUAUAACACUGGUAUAUUUCACAGAUAGCUCGGAAAGUUGUCUUGCCUAAGCAAUCUUUCGAGUGCAGGCCACUGAAAAGACACUUUCCAAACGAGCUUUCGUUUUAACGGUCAAUUUACAUGGCGCUCUUUUUUCUAGAGAGAUUUCUAGAGUGAUUUCGCUUGAAGAUCUCGAACCGUAUUUGAAGGGUCCAAAUAUUGUCAACCAGCAGACAGAGUAUGCAGAAUAAAUGCGCAUAUUACAUUCACGAAAAUCCCUGAUGAUUCCUGCAGUCUGACUGGGGUCACGAAUCACACCAUUUUUUUCUCUGAAUCACAUCCAUUUCCUAGAUAAUGCAAAGUAAACACUGAAACAAAAUAAUCAAUCGAAACUUCCCCUGAACCUUUCUUUUUUUCCAUAAUAGAACAGUACUCUGUAAAUUUCUAAUGUUGGUGUAGUUACGUAACAACCGCGCAACAAGAGUCUCUUUUAGUUUCGCCAUUACUCAAAUUAAGAAUUGAUGGCUACGAUGCAAAUUUAUUGAAUUUAUGAAGACUCGAAAAAUGAAUUGGAUUUUAUGUUCACUUUGCACAGAAAAAUGCCCUCUUGACUCGAGUUCACCUUUACAAUUUUUUUUCUACUGCUUUGAACUUUUUUAAAUCUACUAUAUUCUGAUGUAUCAAUUUCCUACUCUCGAUUCAAAUUAGCUCAAACGAGGCUGUUGGCAACUACGUGCAAAAUGUAUCAGCAAUGGCGUCUGAAGUAUUCUGUUUGGUUGUAUUCCUACUGGUUUUGCUUCUCCAACCGUCAAAAGUUUGCUUUCAAACGAAAGGUAACAACGUUGAUAUAUAUCUAAAUUCACAUGUCUGUGUAGCAUAAUGAUAAUUACGCAGAAUGAUUGAAUAUACAGACUCCUCUCCAAGCGAAUGGUCACAAAAAUUUAUUCUUUUACGCAAGAUAUCGUUUAGCCUCGCAAAGACUUUCUCUGCUUUUUAUUCUAAUUCCUCUGCUUUUGAAAGUAGGUUUGGAAUGUUAUUUCAUACAUUGUUGUAUGCUUUCCAAUGCAUAACCUUUACGUGUGCCAUUUCUCCUGUGGAGACACACAGGAUGUUGAGGCUCAAGCAGAUCAAUUAUCGUUUGAUGUCCCACUUUCUCAGCUUCUCUCCGAAACAAAGCAAUGCUAAAGGUGUGGUUAGAUGCAAAUCAAAACUCUUCCAUCGCUGCGAUUCAUUCUUUUUCUGAGGACACAAAACUAUAAUUUCUUUCCAGAAAUAUAAUAUGCGUGGGUUUUGUUGCACAGACCAUACACAAGGUGAUGGUAGAGAUACGUUAAUGGUUACGGGAUGUCUGAGUUCUGAGACGGCAGUAUCUUUACUGAAGGAGACCUCAGACAACGGUUGCCCGAAUAGAACUGCCUUGUCUAACAAUAGUGCAAUUACUUGCUUGAGAUUAAAAUACCAGCAUAUGAAAGAAAGUUGAAAGUGAACAAAUGGUUUGAAACUGCAGUUCACUUCAAAUAAUUGCUUUUGCAAUCUCAUUUGUAUCAAUGGCUCAAAACCAGCCAAAAUCAAUCGCGGUUGAGCCUUUAAUUAUGGUGAACAUUUUAGCUUCUGCACUUUCAAUUACUUAGGGUCAGUUCGGUCAGCUAUAUAAACAUUUUACUUGGAUAUUCAAGUAACGAUAAUUCCUUGGUCGAAGGAGAUUUUUCAGUUCAUAUUUCUUCUUUCAAAGAGAAAAUAAACUCAUUUUCAAUGUCAGUGUUUUAAUAAUCGGCCAAAUGUUGGUCACGGGAGAUGGCGGUGAACGAGACUCAAUCAACUUCCUUUUAAUUACGUAAAUUGCAAUAAUUAGUCUACUUAUCAUCAACCUCGAUCUUUAUCAACUUGAUGACUGUCAAGAAUAAUAAACUAUAAACAAGUUCUAGCGUCAAUCUAUGGUUUAACGAGUUUCUCUAAGGAAGGUCAAUUUAUUGUCUGUGUAAUAAGAACAAAAAAUUUUCUUUGGAUACGAAUUGCACCAGAAAUCAAAUUAAAUUUCUGUGGUCUUUCAUGAUCUAUUGUGAUUUUCAAUGGAGAAACCAAACAUUACAUAUCCUAAAAAAGUCAUUAAAACCGCCAAGAAAAGAAGCACUCAGUCAUAGUAUCUAGGUUUUCAAAUGACGCAAAAGAUUAACUUAAUGCGUUUCAAGCUCGAUUCGUUUUAGUCAGAGUAAAAUAUUGUGAGGGCUGGGGUAGGAAAUCUGGAAAACAAAAAGCGAGCUGUGAUUGGUGCAUGAUUUCCUUAUCAGGUGGGAACGUCACACACCUACAUAAUAGUGGAAGAAAUGGGCUUCCGAUAAAAUCGAAGCAUUCUUAAGUGAGGGAGAGAGAGGGUGGCGUGUUUAGACCAAGGAGACUGGCUUUUACAAUGCGUACAAGAGAAAUGUUACUGUGUGCAGCGGGAAGUAUAUUCAAUGACCUUUGCAAGCGUAUGUUUUCAUUUUGUCUCUUAUUUUUCAUGGAGGUAAUGGAACUUUCAGCCGCGGACGCUGGCCUUAUAAUACUCAUUGGACAAGUUGUCGACUCGUUGGCUUCAGUAAUCUCUGGUUACCUCGGUGAUAUGGUUAAAGUACCCGUUCUUUCACAGAAAAUUGGAAUGCGAAAAUCUUGGCAUCUCCUGGCAACGGUAUUUAUGGGAAUCGUAGUUCCUUUCUGCUUCAACCGUUGCAUUCUCUGUAGUGGAAGUCAUCAAACUUGGCUUCCCAUCGUCUAUUACAGUUUCUUAUUUUCACUGUAUAGCAUGUGUUUCAGCGUGGUGGAGAUAAAUCACCUGGCUUUCAUCACAACUUCAGCUGUGUCGGUUGAGGAACGAACAGAUCUUAGCGCCACGAGGUUUGCUAUUUAUAAAAGUAUUAUAUUAAAUUAAACUUAACUGCUCACCCAUUUUGUUUGGCUCUUACCAAAGAUCUACUGGAGGACAGACGCAUAGUUUACGUCGCCAUCCGCACAAUUUUGCCUUUUUAUCAUCUAAAACAAACAGAUUACUUGUUAACAUAAUAUGUCAAACUGUAAAAGUAUUAUAUUGAGUUACACUUAACUGUUCACCCAUUUUUGUUGGCUCUUACCAAAGAUCUACUGGAGGAUAGACGUGUAGUUUACGUUUUCAUCCACACAAUAUACUCCGUCGAGAAUGUACAGCUCUUAGUGCCAUGAAGUUUGCUUCAAGAGACUUUUUUUAAGACACAUAGUUCAGACGGCAAUCGUAUUUGUUUUAAAUAUACUUGUAUAAAUUACUUGUAUAACUUUUAUAUAACCCAACUCAAGCACGGACACUCUGAGGCCGUUUUUUACUAACUUAUCUUGUAGGAAUGAUAAACGCGAUAUCUAAAAGCAAUUUUUCUUAUUCUUCUCUUUUUCAUGUUCAAAAGGACAAUGUUCAGCUUCCUAAGUGGUAUUUACAUAUACGUGAUCGCCUGGGGCCUUUUCGGACAAGACAAUAGCGAUACUCUGGGACCUGAGAGCCUUCCAGAUUUUGUGGUAAAUAAAUGCGUUAAUAGUUCUAUGUUACAAUAUGCUUUGACAAAUAGGCGGAGGCUGAAUAUAAUGAAAUAAUAAUUAGCGCAAUUAAAAAACGGGUUGGAGAAAUUUGGUUUUCUCUCCCUGCGCUGCCUGGCAGCCUUUCAGCCUCUUUCCACACAUCUCUGCUGGCAUUAAAAAUAUUUUUUUUUGUCCCGAACCUUGCAACUUUCAAGAUCUGACUGUCAAUUCUCUCCUGGAGCUGCUUUGCAUUUCCUUAUAAAUUAAUUUUCAGAAUUUAGUGUUGGAUCAAGAUAAAAACUUCUAUCUGAUAAGUACGACUAUUCUCAUCAGCUGUUGGCCGGAGAAUGGAUGUUUACUACAGGGAGAGGUUACAAGUUAAUCAUUUCUGGGAGUUAAAGGGUUAAGAUGCUAGUUGAUUAAUUCUCUUCUAAACAGUACCUCUCGUGGAUUGCGACUGGAACAGGACUCUUCUUUGGUGCCAUCUUCCACAUUGGUACAAAGGAACCUCAAAAAUGUCAGAGUAAAGAAAGCGCCACAACGGAUCUUACGGUGAGACAGGAAGCAAAAAAGAUAUUUCCUUUUCAAAUAAUGGUCAUACAAAAGCUUAUUUUUGCGUUCGGAAAGCAGACAACACCAUGGAGCUAAUAGCGGCGCGCUUGUGCGAUUGUUUCUUCGUUCUUCAUUUGAUUUAUCUACAAGAGGAUCUAUUAAUCUGAACGGGUCUUGAAGUUACAUUGCGUGACCAGAGGGAUAGAGGUAUGGUCUACACAUUAUCUAGAGCAAUCCAUAAUUCACUCUGGCCACUUUCCCGUUAUUUUGCAGAAAGCUCCUGGAAAAUUCAUUGAAGAGUUUGGACCCGAAAAUGCAAGUAAGUCUAGGGAUAUGUACUGUGGUGUGUUAUUUUAAAAGCCGUCGCUGUUUCUAUUAAAAUUGCAGAUGUAACGUCCUCUCCCACAUCAAACAAAGAUGAAAACGCCACUCGUCUUCUUCUUAAGGGGAAUAGGUCUUAUUUUUGCAUGGAGCUUCUUAAUAUCUAGUGUAUUGUUGCCUCGGUAUUUUUGAGAAUCUAUUAACCAUGACUGUGUGCAGGCAUUCCACAAGUUUGAUACAGGUGGUCCAAUCUAGAAAUGUUUAGACAACGUCCUCUUUAAAGCAAAAUAUCUAGUUGAGAAGGGCAUGUCAAUUGGAGAUUAAGAUUAGUGGUCACAGAAAGGAUAUCCAACCUUCAAGCUCUCUUCAGUUAUUUCUAGAUUGCAUUUCGCUAAGAAGCUAAAUGUCGACUACGUUAGUAGCUCGAGUUUUACUUCGAAGAACCAGCCAAGUAGAUGGCUGGGAUGGGGCAAAGAAUUUCAUCCGUCAACCUAGCCUUCUAAGGAUCGUCUUUUUGGACAACUUUACCAUAACUUUUUUUCCAGCACAGCGUAAAACCUUUAGCUUAGCUUGGGUUACUCAAAUUUUUCACUUACAAGUUCCAACGGGAAAAGAAGUAGAACAAAAACUAAACGAGAAGAAGUCCAGAUAUCCCGUGUUAUAAAAAUAUUAUUGAGAUCAUUUUGAGGGAAUAAAUGUUAAUAGUUGAUCCGACAAAGAGUUAAGACAUGUUCCUAAAGGUGACAUGAUUUAGUUCUAUCGUUGAGCCCUGAGACAGAAAAAAACAGACGUUCGUUAAUUGCCUGUUUUGUUUUUUUUUUGCUCAAGAUUCUAGACGGACCAGUCUUGCUUUUAAGUUUACUAACAUGGUUUUGGCUUCAACUGAAUAUGGAGAACAUCAAAAUGAGAUGGACGGAUGUGGAGAAACCAAAAGCCAAGAAGUGCGUGUCAGAAAACGAAGUCUUCUGCAGAAGUUUGCUGUUGCUAUGUUUGCCGACGGGAAAACUGAUCUAGAAGUACAGCAUUUUGAUAAUGAACGCAAGAAGAGUCUACGAACGCUUGAUUUUGACGACAUCCUGUUGAGACUACAACACGAAGAGCACGAACAACCAACAUGUUUUGGUGCCAUGGAAAACCAAGUUAAAAUGGACGGUAUAGACGAUGAUCAUGCAACUGAUGAAGAGUCGUGGAACGCCAGGCAAGAAGAGAUCAAAAACAUUACUGAUAAAGAUAUGUGGAAAAUGACCAACAGUGCGGCCCCCAAGACAUCUUUUUGUACCGUAUUUAAGCAAAGAAAACAUGGAAUGGUGCUCUUUUCGGAUGAUUGUAAAUUUGGUCUCUCAAACUCUGGAUUUGAAGAUGAUGGAGGUAAUGAGGAUAAGAAGGAAAGCCUUUGUGGUACAUCAAUUAAGAAGCAAGAAAAGUCUGUGACUUUCGAUCCUUCUGGAUUUCUGGAAAUGCCGUCAAUGAACGGAACAGAACGACAUGGAUUAAAUCUCGAUCACACGCCUGACAACAAAACGAUCCUGGAUGAAAGUAAGCAAGAUUUUCCAAAACGGCACGUCAGAAAAAUCGAAAGAAUAGAAGGUUGCGAUGGCACAAAUAAUUCGUUAACUUCAGCGGAUAACCCUGAUCUUCAUGGUAUCCCUGUUCAAUCGACAAGUUCUACAUCUGAGGGAAGACGUCCAAAAGGAAUCAAAAACUGGCUAAAAGAUCCAAACGUGUACAUGGUAAAUCCUCGUGUUUCUAACUAUCCUUGUUUGUUGAUUUAGUUGACUCCCUGUGAUGUUUUUCUCGUGUUUUAAUUUUCAGUUAGCCAUUAUCUUUACAUGUACACGCCUUGCGCAGGACUCUGUAUACAGCUAUUUACCGCUAUUCCUCACAGAGAGAUUAUCAUUUCCCAAGGUAUAGUUCAAUCUGAAGUGCUCAGUUGUUUUCAAACUCUUUCAUAAUUAUAAUAAUCUCAUCCUACUUUUGUUCUGAAUCAGGCAGCUACUGCUUAUUUUCCACUCGUCCUCUUAACCAGUGGCUCUCUAGCGAGUUCAACGUGUAAGAAACUGAAAGGGAAAAUUGGAAGUAAGGUAAGACCUAUAUUAACAGCUUCUUAUAACUGGUCACUCCACCUUUGUGAUAGUGGAAAUGCAUUGAUUGCGCCAAACGUCGGCUUAUCUACUCGUUGACAAUGAUUGGCUGAGAGGGGCAAUAAAUCAACGAUCAUCUCAAUGGCUUUAUUUAACUUAAUGGACAAAUGAACCAUCUUUUCUCAAUAAAGGUAGUCAGAAGUUCGAUUCCUCAAAGGAUUCUCAGACCUUUUCUUUGUUUCUUGCUUGUUACAAAACCAAGAACAACUUUAUUUGUUAAAUUAGUCUUAGUAACUUUCAUACUUUCAUUGAUAUGUACAUCAUAGCGGAGCUACCUUCUGGCAAGCUUAUUAGUGAUGGGUGGCGCUGUUUGGAGCUAUUUUCAAACCUUCUCCACCAGACAAUCAACUUAUGCACCAGUGGUUAUGAUAGGAAGUGGUCUGUCCAUUAUGUACGUCAUGGCACUGGUCUUCAUCACCGAGCUGAUAGGGGAAAAUAAGGUUAGUGUUUCGAAACAAGUUUUGAUGGUUUCGAAGAAAGACUUAGUCGCAAACUCUGAUCAGUUCAGUUACAGUGCAUUUCCAACCAGCCAUUUUUGAAAUUGAAAUGACGUGGAAUUUCUUUUGAAUGUUGCAAAACAAAAUCCAAACUCAUCCCAACUCUUUGUCAGAACGAAAUAAAACUCUUACAAGGAGCUGAUGGGAAUUUAAAGUAAAUACAGUUCGAUCGCCUGAAGUUUGGGAUACUCCGAGUUACAUCUGAUCGGUUAGGAGAUUGUUGCGAGUUUUCAAGGCCAGUCACAGAGGGUACUGAAAAAGAACCGUUUCAGUCGCGGACUAGUUCCGAAACUUGAUUAACACCGUGAUCAGUGUGCAUAUUUUCCAGAGUGCUCUCUAUAAAUUUACCAUAGAACUAACAAGAAGAAUUUUUCUGAAAAUCAAGACCUUCAUUUUGAUUGGCGAUCAUUUACCAUUUUCUCUCUUGACGUAAAUGUUUGAUUCAGCAGUGACACUGGGAGGAGAAAUUAAAGACCUGUUGGUCUUAGGCCUAGGGGUAAAGAGUCAAAAAUUACGUAAAUGUUAGUACCAAUGUUGAUUUCCCAUCUGAGAUCAAUGAGUUAAUACGGUGAUUUCCUGUCAGGAAACCAGUGGAUCAGUGUUUUCCAUUAUCACUGUAAUCGCCAGAAUCUCAAGCGGUCUACUUAUCAUUGGUAUACAGGAAUUUUAUCCGGAAGAAAGGUUGGUCUAUCAAAUCUUUAUUGUAGUGUACCUUGGAAGGAACAAGAAACAUGCUAUAUAAAACGUUUAGAUGACCAGCCGAUUUGUUCAAACUCGAAAAGUAUGUUGAACAUGUUUGUCUUUACUAGCUUGACCAGGCCAUCCUUGACAAUUUGAAAUUGUUACAACAGUUUUAAAAUUAUGCACGAUUUAGUAAACUCCUCAAUUCCUCUAUUCAAUUUAGAAUCAGCUCCAAUGGGGCGGUUAGCAACUACGUACGGCAUGUGUUUGUAAUGGCGCCUGGAGUAUUAACUCUGGUGGGAUUCUUGCUGGUUUUGUUUUUCCAGCCAUCUAACUUUAUCUGCAAAAGUAAAGGUAAGUACAGUGUCAAGCUGUUAGACGUCUAUAACUUGCGUAACGUAUGGAGAAUCACUGCGAAUACUCUGAACUACCCUCUGACGCAAUGGUAUCAAGCGUUCCUUUGUUGAAAUUAGUAAUCUUAUUAAAUGACACAAGCCUAUGAAAAUGCAUUUACCUCGUGAUGGUUCUGCGUCUAUGUAGUACUGCCGGUUUUAUACUUAGAUUUUCAGGUUUGUUAGCCAGUAUUACAUGCGGUUGUCUUUGUGUCAAGGAAAACUUCCUCUGUCAAUUUAUUCCUCUAGCUUUAGAAGAUAUUGAGGCUCUACACGGCCAAUCGUCGUUUGAUGUUCCACGUCCAUCGGGAGUCAAAGUAACGUCAAACCACAGCUUGGAUGAUAUUCACAAUACCUCCAUCGUGGUGGGGGAUUCUUGUUCUGAGGACUCAAAACUUUAA